GGAAAGGUCCUUGGGUUAGUUAUAUGCCUCAGUGUGUGGCGCAAACCCGAUACAUCCCCCACCGCGGCCCCAUCACCGAGUGGCCUUAAUAGUUUGACGGGAUGUAGGCUGAGGACCAGUCUCUACUUCCCUCUCUGGAGAGUAUCAUGACAUCCAAACGCAAAUUUGCGCCACGGGUUACAUUGUAUACGUUACCUGACAAUCGGGGUCCCUCGGUCUAUACCACACCCCACUGUCCACAGGCAGGUCAGAUUCUGCUACUAAGCAUCUCACACACGCUUAUUCAGGUUGUAUCAUUGGCUCUAUACAGGAUCUUUUGGUGGGUAGAAUCGGAAUAUACGGGAAGUGUGAAAUAUUCGUUGCAGUGUUUCUCUUAAGGGGUUACAUGACUUCUUGGGCAUACAUGAGGUUGAAGAUAAUGCUAUAGGGGUCUUUGUCUAAUUAAGGCGACUUGGAACGGAGAAGGGAAGGGGGUAAAUCGAUAGUAAUAGUAGGAUGAAGGUGAUAAACAAACAAGAUGCCAGUAGCGAUGAAACAGGAUGCAUUCAGGCGUCAUGAGGGGGGGG